AUGGUGUACACUUCGCUGACCGAUGCUCCUCAGAACUUCAAGGAAGCAGCUGACUGGUUGUUGGCACUGAAGGGCGAUGACGUGAAAAACCUGGAGGCCAUAGGUGAGGCGGUUUACAAGUUUCUUGUGGACAAGCCCGUUGGCAGGAUACAUCUGCCCGCUCUCGAGAAAGUUAAACGUAUUUCCAAAGAUUUCCUGGAGCAACGCGAGCUUAGGAACUAUUGGUUCGUUGAAGAACUGUUGAAACGAUACAAUGACCGUAUUAGUAAAACACCUGGAGCGUUAGCUAAGUGCUUCAGGGUUGUGGACGAUUGCGAUUAUAAAAACGUUGUAAAGAGCAAGGGUAUCACCGCUGCAGCCAUUGCGGAGAAAUUAGACAGGAUUGUUAAUGGUACUGAGAUAUUGCUUGAUAAUGUCAAAAUUCCUGACGAAUAUAAAUCUGCUUACAGUUCAGAAGCGACUUGGGAGAAAUCAUGCGCAAAAGAUCCGGAAGCUUGUGCGACGGUAUUCGUAGGGAUUGCACCAAUGCUAUACGCAGGUGUACGUUGUCUGCACACUGCAACUAUAGCAGCCCUUUUAAGAUUGGUCCCGUUAACGAAGUAUGAGAUUGGUUUGGGAAAGACAAUGAAAGCCUUGGGUUAUGUAGAGCCGGAAAGCCGCACUGACAUGAAUAUGUUUGAGGUCGACGCGGCGUUGAGAGAUCUGUAUACAAGCGGGGUGUUAACGCUAUGCGACUUCGCUGGGUUCUGGGCUUUCUAUGGACUGGAAAGCAGUGUACAUGAAGGUGAACCAUCUGCGGAACCUUCAUUACGUGCAAAAGCUCGCGAAUUCUUCUUGGGCGAAAAUUAA